AAUCCCCUGCAUGUUUUCCUUACAUAUGUGGUUUCUAGAAAUGUGGGUUUUUCUCCUCAGUGUUUUCUAAUUGAAGCCAACUUUUUUUGGUCACCAUGAAAACAAGAUUCGCCACCGUGGAUAUCAGGGCAGUUGUUGCCGAGAUCAGUGCUAACUACAUUGGAAUGAGAGUGAACAACGUGUAUGACAUCGACAACAAGACUUAUCUCAUCCGUCUGCAAAAACCUGACAGCAAAGCUAUUAUCCUGAUUGAAUCUGGGAUUCGGAUUCACUCCACAGACUUUGAAUGGCCCAAGAACAUGAUGCCUUCGGGCUUUGCAAUGAAAUGUCGAAAACACCUGAAGUCCCGGCGGCUGACCCAGGUUAAGCAGCUCGGGAUUGACAGGAUUGUUGACAUCCAGUUUGGCUCAGAUGAGGCUGCCUACCACUUGAUUAUUGAACUGUAUGACAGGGGUAACGUCAUUCUCACAGACCAUGAGUACACCAUCCUGAACCUACUGAGGUUUCGUACAGCAGAGGUAGAAGAUGUUAAGAUUGCAGUUAGAGAGCGAUACCCUGUGGAGAGCGCCCGACCCCCUGAACCACUUAUCAGUUUAGAGCGACUUACUGAAAUCCUCAGCAAAGCACCGAAUGGAGAGCAAGUCAAAAGGGUCCUGAACCCUCACCUUCCCUAUGGAGCCACUCUGAUAGAACACAGUCUGAUAGAGGUGGGACUGCAGGGCUCUGUCAAAGUUGACAGUCAAGUGGAUGCUGCCCAAGUUGCACCUAAAAUCCUGGAAGCCCUGCAGAUUGCAGAAACCUAUAUGGAAAAAACAGAAAACUUCAGUGGCAAAGGCUACAUCAUUCAAAAGAGUGAGAAGAAACCAAGCUUAACUCCUGGCAAACCCAGUGAAGAACUGCUCACAUAUGAUGAAUUCCACCCAUUCCUCUUUGCCCAGCAUGCAAAGAGUCCCUAUUUGGAGUUUGAUACUUUUGAUAAGGCAGUGGAUGAGUUCUUUUCCAAGAUGGAGACUCAGAAGAUUGACAUGAAGGCCUUGCAGCAGGAGAAACAGGCUAUGAAGAAGUUGGAAAAUGUUAAGAAGGACCACGUUCAGAGACUGGAGGCCUUGCACCAAGCACAGGAGGUGGACAGAAUAAAGGGUGAACUGGUGGAGAUGAACCUGCCUGUGGUAGAGAGGGCGCUGCAGGUGGUGCGCAGUGCACUGGCGAAUCAGGUGGACUGGACUGAGAUCGGCACUAUCGUCAAAGAGGCACAAGCUGCUGGUGACCCGGUGGCCUGCGCCAUCAAGGAGCUGAAGCUGCAGACCAACCAUAUCACCAUGCUUUUAAAGAAUCCAUACAUUUCUGAGGACGACCAAGAAGAGGAAGAGAAAAAAGAUGUAGUGGAGGAGAAAGGGAAGAAAAACAAAAAUAAGGACAAAGGACAGAACAAGAAGUUGCAAAGGAACAAGCCCACGUUAGUAGAUGUGGAUCUUGGCCUGUCAGCAUAUGCCAAUGCCAAAAAGUACUAUGACUUCAAACGCACUGCUGAAAAGAAAGAACAUAAAACUAUUGAAGCAGCAGGUAAGGCUAUGAAAUCUGCAGAGAAAAAAACACAGCAGACACUGAAAGAGGUUCAGACUGUGACCACCAUUCAGAAGGCCAGGAAAGUCUACUGGUUUGAGAAGUUUUUGUGGUUCAUCAGCUCAGAGAAUUAUCUCAUCAUCGCAGGAAGGGAUCAGCAGCAGAACGAGAUUAUUGUCAAACGCUACCUCCGGGCGGGUGAUGUUUAUGUUCAUGCCGACCUCCAUGGAGCGACUAGCUGCGUCAUCAAAAACCCCUCAGGUAUCCCCAUUCCUCCUCGUACCCUGACAGAAACUGGCACUAUGUCUGUGUGCUACAGUGCUGCUUGGGAUGCCAAGAUCAUCACCAGCGCUUGGUGGGUUCAUCAUCAUCAGGUGUCUAAGACGGCUCCCACUGGAGAGUACCUGACCACUGGAAGUUUCAUGAUCAGAGGAAAGAAAAACUUUCUGCCACCCUCUUACUUGAUUAUGGGCUUCGGAUUUCUCUUCAAGGUCGAUGAGCAGAGUGUGUUUCGGCACAAAGGGGAGAGAAAAGUGAAGACUAUAGAGGAGGACAUGGAGGACGCCACAUCUAGAGCUGCCGAGAUGUUAGUGGAGGAAGAAGAGCUGAUAGGUGAUGACAGCAGUAAUGAAGAUCAGGGCGAGGAAAGAGCGGUAGGAGAUGGAGAGAUGGAAACGAUUAUUAAAAAGGUGGUUGGGGGAGAUGAUGGUGCAGGUGGAGAACUGGCUGCUGUUCCUGAGGAGGACAACUUGGAGGCAGAGGAAGAGAUGAGUGGAGAGGAAGACAGCGGGGAGGAAAAGGAGAUGAAGAAUGAGGAGAGCGAAGAAUUCAGCUUUCCGGAUACAACCAUCUCCCUGUCUCAUUUACAGCCCAGCAGGAAUACUCAGAACCCUGGUUUCAAAAAGGAACCAAGCACUCAGGUUGAGCUAGACUCACAGGGGAGGAAACACAUGACUGCCAAGCAAAGAAGAGAAGAGAAGAAGAAGAAGCAGAAACAGGAAGGUUGCGACACUGAGGAGAAGACUGAGGUGAAGACUGAGGUGAAGACUGAGGUGAAGACUGAGGUGAAGACUGAGGUGAAGACUGAGGUGAAGACUGAGAAGAAGACUGAGGAGAAGACUGAGAUUUCGUCUGCUGGAUCAGCAGUUGAUCAGGGAUCCAAAGGUGGAGGAGGUCCCUCCCAGCAGCCACCGAAGAGAGGUCAAAGGAACAAGUUAAAGAAGAUCAAAGAGAAGUACAAAGACCAGGAUGAAGAGGACAGGGAGCUGAUGAUGCAGCUGCUUGGGUCAGCAGGUUCCACUAAGGAAGAGAAGGAUAAGGGGAAGAAAGGAAAGAAGGGGAAGGGGAAAGACGAACCCGCUAGGAAACCAGCCCCUCAGAAACAACCCCAGAAACCUCGUAAUGAGGAGGUUGCUGCAAAAAAAGCAGAGCAGACGGUAGCAGUGGAGGGUGAUGAGGAGAAACAGCCUGUAGAGGAGGGAGUUCCUGCUGAACAGGAGGACAAGGAAGAUGAAGUGGACCAGGACAACCCCGGAGCAGAGGAAGCAGAGAAUCUGCUCACCUCUCUGUCGGGCCAGCCUCAUCCUGAAGAUGUGCUGUUGUUUGCAGUGCCAGUCUGUGCUCCAUACACUGCCCUUUCCAACUACAAACACAAGGUGAAAUUGACACCAGGGUCUCAGAAGAAAGGAAAAGCUGCACGCACUGCCGUUUUAAGCUUCAUGAAAGCCAGAGAUGCCUCAACCAGAGAAAAGGACCUGUUCCGCAGUGUCAAGGAUACGGAUCUAUCCAGAAACAUGCCAGGCAAAGUUAAAGUAUCUGCACCAAACCUGCUUGCUGCCAAAAAGAAAUAAGAGACGGGUGAACACAGAACUGUGGGACUCUGCCGACUUCGCCUACAUUUCAAGCAUGAGCGUUACGAGAUCUGAUCAUCACAGUACAGCUCCCUUGAAUGGAUAUCAAUCAUUUUUAGUUUAAAUAUUAAUUGUAUUUGUUGACCGACAGUUUGUUUAAAAUGAAAACAUGUAAAUUAAAAAAGCUGAACACAA